CUUUAACUCUUUGAGGACUUGGGAUUUGACUCAAGACUCGUUUGUGACUUGGAAGGAAUGACUUUAUACACCACUCUAUACACCACUGAAAACUAUGAAGGAGGGGUUCUGGCACUGACCUGAAGCUCCGAGGAAUCUGAGCAAUCUCGUCACAUACAGAGCUGCAGCAGCAGAAUGGAGACGCACAUCUGGAUUCUCUUCAUGUGGGCGUCUCUUUCAGAGUCCUUCAACAUCGACACUGAACAUCCACUGAGAUUUCACGGCACGCCGGAAGGUUUCUUUGGUUACAGCGUUUAUCAGACCGAGUUUGGAAACAGGAAGCAGAUCAUUGUUGGAGCUCCAUUAGAAGGAAACUCAACAGGGGAGAUGUACAGCUGCACAGCAGAUCUACAGUCCUGCACACGACUGCAGCGGCCAGGUGUGACAGGUUCAGAGAGCGUCCUCUUCUUCGGCAUGUCUGCUGCUGUGUCUUCUGCUGCUCUCACUAGCUGCAGUCCGUAUGUUCCUCAUGAGUGUUAUGGAAACUCGUAUCUGAACGGUGUUUGCUAUCAGUUCAACAGCAGCUUACAGACCGUCUCUAACUUCACCGCUGCUUACCAAGAAUGCACCAAGAGAGAAGUCAAUCUGGUGUUUCUCUUUGAUGGAUCCAGCAGCAUGAGAGCACACGAGUUUGAAAAGAACAAAAGAUUCAUUAAAGAUGUUAUGAAAAAACUUUCAAACUCAUCCAUAAAGUUUGCUGCUGUCCAGUUUUCAGGAGAAGUACGAACUGUGUUUGACUUCAACAAUUAUCAGACUGGCUCUGCUGAAGAGAAACUCAUGAAGGAAAUACACAUGAAGUCUCUCACAAACACAUAUAAAGCAAUCAACUACGUUCUAAAGAAUCUGCUGAAUAGAGUGUCGUCUGGAGCCGAUCCCAAUGCUCAGAAAGCUCUGGUGGUCAUCACAGAUGGAGACCCCAGUGAUAAUGAUGAUGAUAAUGUCCUCAAGAAAUGUGAUGAGCAGAAUAUCCUCCGUUACAUCAUCGGGGUGGGAAACGUUGAUUUAACUGGACUCACUCAGCUGGCAUCAGAACCAAAACAGAACAACACCUUCUACAUUAAAGACUACAGUGGACUCGAAGGACUUCUUGACAACCUGCAAAAAAAGAUGUACAAUAUUGAAGGGUCAAAGAAUGCUCAAGGCAGAGACAGACAGAAAGAGUUAUCACAGAGUGGAUUCAGUGUCGUCUACCAGCAGGACUCUGUGAUCGUGGGUUCGGUCGGAGUGAAUGACUGGCGUGGAGCUCUGUAUGAAGUGACAGGAUCAGGAUCUGAAUUCAGACAGACAGAGAUCAUCGAUCCAGCUGUAAAUAAAGAUUCGUACAUGGGUUACUCUACUGUGCUGGGAAUGAGACGCGGCGUCUCUCUUCUGUUCUCUGGUGCACCGCGGGCUGAACACAGGGGUCUGGUGACCCUCUUCACCAAGAAUGAAAGCACAUGGACAGUGAUGAGCAACAUCAACGGAGAACAAAUUGGCUCAUAUUUCGGAGCGUCUCUGAGUGUGUUGGAUGUGGACUCUGAUGGAGAAUCAGAUUUCCUGCUGGUCGGAGCUCCAUUAUUUUACCAGUCUCAACCGAGGGCUGAAGGGAGGCUGUACAUCUACACUUUAUCAGAACAGAACUAUUUUCAGAAGACACUGAAUGUGAGCCAGUCAAGCACAGGUAGAUUUGCUACAUCUGUGGCUUCACUAAAGGACCUGAAUGGAGACAGUCUGUCAGAUGUGGCAGUCGGGGCACCGCUGGAGGAUGAAGGAGUUGUCUACAUCUACCUGGGUGAUGGGACGCAUGGCAUAAACCCUGAAUACAUUCCUCAGCGGAUCCCAGCGCGGUCAGUUCUACCUGGUCUGCAGCAGUUUGGACUAUCUCUGUCUGGUCAGAUGGACAUGAACAAUGAUAAUCUUACAGAUAUCAUGAUUGGAGCACAAGGAGGGAUUGCCCUGCUCAAGGCUCGGCCUGUGAUGUAUGUAUCUACACAGCUCAGUUUCAGUCCAAAGGAAAUCAGUCUGAACUACUUUGAAUGUCCAGCUGUUAAUUUAACAUUUAAUGCAUUUAAUCUCACGUCAUGUUUCACGGUGACCGAGAGAACCAGCAGCACAGGAUCUCUGGAGAAGAAGAUGAAUGUUUCUCUGAAUCUGAAUGUGGAUGUGGUACGAGGAAUGAGUCGAGGAUUCUUCGAUCAGAGCAAUGUGUCGUCCAGGACUCUGCAGCAGUUUAUCCUGCUGGAUUCUGGGUCCUCCUGUUUUAACUUCUCCAUCUUCAUGCUGCGCUGUGUUGCAGACAUAGUCUCUCCUCUGAAGAUACGAAUGAAUUUCUCACAAACUGAGAUGUUGUCUGGAAACUCUGUGGCUGUUCUUGAUGUUCACAGCAGGACGGAGGAGUAUGUCGAGGUGCCGUUUCAAAGGAACUGUAAUUCAAACAACAGCUGUGUGGCCGAUCUGAAGCUGAACUUCAGUUUUACGAACGACUCGUUAGUGAUGGUGAAUCAAGCUCAUUUCACGGUCCUCAUUUUGCUGUCAAACCCAGGCAAUGACUCCUUCAACACCAGCAUAGUGCUGCAUUACCCAGAAGGCCUCUCGCUCGCUAAAUUUAAUGCGAUUAAGGGUCGGACUCGAAGCAGUUGUGGCGAUCGGGACAAUGGGGCUACGAACAGAACAACCUGCAGCAUUAAUCUACCAGUGUACCACAGCGGCACCACAACUCAGUUUCUGGCUACUUUCCGUGUGGCGAAAUGGGAACACGACUGGUCUGACAGGAUGGAGAUGAUGAUCACUGCGUACAGUGAUAACAAUGGUAACAUGAGUGAUCCGGUGGUGAGGAAGAGCGUCCCGGUGCAGUUCUCCGUUGAUCUGGAGAUCUUUCUUUUCUAUUUUAACAGCCUUAUUGAUGACAAAAAACAGCACUGCAUUGGUUUCAUCAGCAGUUACAGACACAGUAUGAUCAAAGACAAUAAUAUAAUAAACAAAAAAAUAAUAAUAAAACUAUUACUAAUCCAUUUGUUACUGUUUGUCAGAGUGGCUGAAGACUCUGUGACGUAUCUGAACUUCUCUCUGGAGGACAGAGGUCCAAAACUUCUCAACAUCAGCUACAGGGUGGAGAAUCUGGGUUUUAAAGGUCUGCCAGUGUUGGUCAUGUUCACCCUGCUCUGUCAGACUACACAUGUGAUUUUAAGACCUCACAGCUUCAGCAUGCAGGAGAACUCGGUGCAGUGCAACUUCAAGACAGAACAACAGGACGGUCACUACGGGAAGAUUGAGUGUCCUCAGUUUUAUCUGAAGGAAUUUUCAUCAGUUCACUUCAACCUGACAGCAGACGCAAAACUCCAGAACGUGAAGGAAUACGAGAGCAAACUUUCCUUCUACGAGUUCAGGAGGGAUUCAGUGUUCAACAUCACUGCUGAGCUCCACUACAACACAAGCCGCUACAAGCAGAAAUCUAUCGGACUGGAGCAAUACAAUCUCCACAGAUCCCAGACUGCAGUGAAGGUGGAGUUUGUCGUUCCUCCCAGUCGAAUGCUGAUUGUUGGCACUGGUGUAGUGGGCGGGUUUAUCUUCCUCAUUAUCAUAUUAGUCCUUCUGCUGAAGUGUGGUUUUUUUACAGUAAAGUCCCACAAAGUGUAUGAAAAUAGGACGGUGGUUCUCAUCAACUUCAGCACCAAAGAAAACUGAUGUCUAAGUCAGUGUUUUGAAGGAGGCCUCAAGAUUCUUUUUUAUGUUAAUGAUGUUUUAUUGGUCCAGAUUUAUGUCAAAGGUUUCUUCGUUUUCAGUGUGUUCAGUAUGUUUACUUUAAGGAUAUCAAGCGUGUGUUGUAAUGGCUUUUCCACUUUUUUUCCUAUUAAAAAGCUUUUAAUUUUGUA